AUGAAACGUACACGUCAUCGAAAGCUGACCAAUCGCAUCCCUUCCCGCCGCCCCGUCGUCGUCCCGUCGUCGAAAGGCCUCGGCUGCGCCAAACUCCCGACGCUGGUCCGGCUGCUCGCGUCGAGGCUCGACCGCGGGUUCAUGACGCACGUCCUCGGCGCGACGCUCCACGCGCUCGUCGACGCGUGCGUCCCCGGCGCGGACCCGGAGGACGCGACGGACGCGCUCGAGGCGAUCAUGCCGUUGCUCGACGAGGACGUCUUCGGGCGAGCGGCGGAGGCGCGUUCAAUCUCACACUGGUUCCCGUACGACCGCGUCGGCGUGGAGCGAGAGGUGGAGGCGAUUCGUGGCGCGUACCGCGAAGCUCGGAGAAGCCGCGCGCACGAAACCCUGACGCUGUUGGCGACGCACGCGACGUGCCCCGGCGCGCUGCCGGAGCUCCUGUCGCCCGUCACCAGGCGGCUUCCCGCGGCGAGCGCGCCGAGCGUGCGGAGGAAGCUCGAGGCGAUGCUUCAGGCGGUGCAAAAGGGCGUGCUGUGCAAUCCGCGCGCCUCCGUCGAGGAGACGCUCGUGCUGUGUCACUCGGUGAUCAACGACGGCGUCUCGCGCGACGAGCGCGCGGCGGAGGCGAGCGCGGAUCCGUCGCUGAAGGAGAUGACCUUGGGCGCCGCGCCGAGGGGGGAGAAGGAGCUCGGGAACAGGGUGUGGGAGCGAGGGUGGUACCUCGUCCGACUCCCAGAGCCGGGGAGCGAUCCGACGGUGACGAUGGAGAAGGGAUUGAACGCGGGGGAUCGGUACAAGAGGGCGAAGUACGGCGACGACGACGAAGACGACGACGCGCCGGAGAGAGGGGGCACGAAGACGACGACGACGACGACGCUCGCGGCGCUCGCGAGGAGCGACGAGGACGUGCCUCCGAACUUUGACCUCCUCGUCGUGUUCGCGCUCGGGUUGCUAAGGGCGCUGCUCCGGAAGAUGUCGGGCGAAAAAGGCGUCGGCGGGAAAGGCGCGGCCGUCGAGCCGCGGAGAGACGCGGAGGACGCGAACGAGGACGCCCCGACGACGCUCGCGUCCCCGCUGGGCCCGCAGAGAGAGAAAAUCCUCCGAGGCAUCGUCCCUCUCGCGGUGCGCGCGCUGUCGUCCCCGCACGCGGCGAUCCCGCCGCUCGCGGUGCGAUGCCUCGCGCAGCUCUCGACGAUGCGGCUGUCGACGUUCGACAGCAGCACGGGCGCGCUCGCGCGUCGGAUCAUGGCGCUUCUGAAGGACUGCCCUCGCGCGGACGCGCAGCUGUCGCAGGAUUGUUUAAAACUUUUGAACAACCUCCUGAAGCGCCACGCCGCGUUCACGCCCACGGACGCGCAGUUUCGCUUCAUCGUGCGCUUCGCGUUCUCGGACUUGGAAGAGACGCACCGGGAGGAACAGCGAUCGACGGUGUUCUCGCUCAUGCGCGCGGUGCUCGCGCGUCGGCCGCUUUUGCCGGAAAUUUACGACACGAUGAACGUCGUGUCCGGGCUCGUCGUGCGCGCGAACGCGGACGAAACGCGGCGUUCGUGCGCGGGCGCGCUCGUCCAGUUCCUCCUGGACUACCCUCUCGGCGAGCGCCGCCUGCGAACGCACUUGGAGUCGCUCGCGGCGAACUUUGAAUACGUCCACGCCGCCGGCCGCGUCAACGCGUUGCGGUGCGCGCGCGACGUCGUCGCUCGGUUCCCUAAAGACGUCGUCGACGCGAACGCGGUCUUCCUGUUCGUCCCCCUCGUCGCGCGGCUCGGCGCGGACGAAGACGCGGAGUGUCGCGCCGCCGCGGGCGAGGCGCUGCGCGUCCUGUUGAAGCGCACCGCGGGCGGCGGCGUAGGGGAGAAGCUCCUCGACCUCGCGACGCGGUGGUGCGCCGUCGGCGGCGGCGGCGCGGCGGUGGGCGACGACGCAGAGCGCCUGAGACGCGCGGCGAUGCAGACGCUCGGGAUCGCGGUCGCGGCGUCGCCGUCGCACGCGUCGCGCGCGGUCGCCGCCGCGCGUCAUUCGAUCGUCUCCGCGCUGGCGGAGCACGACCCGGCGGUGGCUCACCGCGAGGAGGACGACGACGACGUCGCGGUGAACUGGCAGACGUGUUACCGCGCGUUGCUGCUCGUAGAGAAGGCGCACGCGCUCUGCCCGGAGGCGCUGGAGGGCGACGAAUGCGACGACGGCGACGAGGACGCGAGUGAAGACUCGGUGUGGCGCGCGUCGCAGGCGUUGCUGUCGCAUCGUCACCAGUGGGUGCAGCACGCCGCCGCGCGCGUGAUCGGUCGGUACCUCGCCGUCAACGGCGCCGCGAUCGCCGCCGCGCUCGCGAGGCGGCGCGACGGUUCACAUUCCGACGACGCCGCCGAAUACGCGUACCCGGUGAACCUCGAGACGAUCGCGCGCGCGUGCGUCGCGGUGCUGGAGCAAGGCGUCGGCGCGCGCGCGGUGGACGUGGACGAGAAGCUCGCGGAGCAGACGGUGAAAAAUCUGACGUUCGCCGCCGUCGUGCUGCUGCAGACGCGCCGACCGAUCGCGGAGAACGACGACGAGAACGACGAGGAGGACGAGGAGGCUUUGGAGGCGGACGACGACGAGGACGACGAGAACGACCUAAACGCCGCCGCCCAAACCGCCGCCGCGAAAGAGAAGAAGAAGAAGACGACGACGACGACCGAGGACGACGCCGUCGACGCCAAGCCGCCGCUGCCGUGGCUCUUCCGCCGCGUCGGCAAAGUCGGCGCGGGCGGGAUCGGCGCGUCCAGAGCCGCGGCGCUGCGGUGGACCGCCGCGCUCGCGGCGUCGCUCGGCGAGGAAGGGUUCGAUAGACACCCGACGAUCGCGCCGCCGCUGCUGCUGCCGUCGGUGCUGUGCGCGGACGACGCCGUCGUCGGCGUCGCGCCGGAACACAGGGCGAUCGCCGAGGAGACGCUUGAGGUUUUGCGCGGCGCGAUGCGCGGCGAGCUCUUCUCGCGCGCGCACGCGGCGACGAGGGCGCGGAUCGCGUCUCGACGCGACGCGAGGAGGAGGGCGAAGGCGCUCGAUGCGGUGGUGGACCCGGAGAGGGCCGCGCGCGCGAGGAUCGCGAAGGCGGCGAAGAGGACGGCGGCGAGGAAGAGGAAGGUGCAGGAGCGGAGGGCGGGGAAGGGCUCGUCGGGGAGCGCGAAAAAACGCGCUCGCGAGUUGUGA